AUGAAGUACCUGUACGAUAUGCGUCUGGAACUUUUCAAGGUGCAGAACAGCGAUACCACUCAACACAUAUUGGCAGUGGUAAAAGCUUUUGAACAGUUUGAACUGUUCAUUCAUGAUCAGCCGUUCCUGGUACGGUCUGACUUUAACAACCUGCAAUCUUUUCUGAAUGCAACAACCAAGAAAAAGGUUGCAAGGAACCGGCUUCUCCGGUGGGCUGAGUAUCUAACUCAGUUCGAUUAUAAAACUGAAGACUUAAAGGGAAGUAAAAAUGUCUUUGCAGAUUUCCUAUCAAGAGAGUUCAAUGGCUCUAAGAAUUAG